CUUCUCUGUUACACUUCUUCCUGCACUGCGCCAGGGUCGAAGGCUGCACUGAACCAACAAUACACACACACACACACACAGAGAGAGAGAGAGAGACACACACCGACAGGGAAAAGGACGCGGUUCGGAUUCAACAAGUUUCCAUUUGUCCAACAAGUCGAUGGCUCCGCUGCUGAGGUGCUGCGUUUUUAGCCUGCUGCUGUUCUUCUUAACGCUGGAUCCUGGGGCAGCAGAAGGAAAUGGACCAAGGUUACAAAGACAGAAAAGAGAAUGGGUCGUCGCCCCCAGAAAGCUGAAGGAAAACCACGACUACACCGGCCUGCUGAGUAUCGCCAAAAUUCGCUCGGAUCGUGAAUACAACAGGACGAUAUAUUAUUCCUUAUCAGGGCGUGGUGUCGACCAACCGCCUAUAGGAAGAUUUUCUGUCGACAGUAAAAAUGGUUUUAUUAAAGUCCAUUCCCUUCUGGACCGAGAGGAUAUCGCCGUCUAUCGUUUAAAAGGUGUGGCCAAAUUCAAAGACGGGACUUAUGCUGAGAAUGAUAUUAAUGUUACCAUCACUGUUGAGGAUGUGAAUGACUGCAUUCCAGUCAUUACGGUUGCGCAGGUCGGAUCUGUCAAUGAAUCCAGUGCAGAAGGUACUGUUGUCAUGAGAGUGAAUGCUACUGAUUGCGAUGAACCGAACACAGCCCACACAAAACUCUUCUACAGCAUUGACGAGGAGAGUAACAGGGAUGGGAUGUUCUACAUCAACUCUGAAACUGGAGACGUCAUGGUGAAACAGACCAAUCUGGAUAGGGAGAUCAAAGAUACCUACAACUUGGUUGUCACAGCCUCUGACAUGAAUGGACAGUCAGGAGGAAACACAGGAGGCGGAGAAAUUCAGAUAAAAAUUCAGGACAUAAAUGACAAUGUGCCGACCUUGGAGAAAGAAAUGUAUGAAGGGAGCGUGAUGGAGAACACCAUCGGCACGGAGGUGAUGAGGAUUCAAUCCGUUGACAUGGAUAUGAUUCACACUGACAACUGGAACGCUGUCUAUGAAAUCGUUUCAGGGAACGAGGGAGGCUAUUUCAGUAUCGUUACUGAUGCCAAGACCAACGAGGGAAUCAUCAUGGUUAACAAGCCGCUGGACUAUGAGGAACUGAAGGCCCUCAACUUGGGUGUGGCCGUCUCCAACAAAGCGGAGUACAAUUUUGGUAGUAGCCAAACGUCAGGAUCCGUCACCUCAAAAUCCUACCCUGUCAAAAUCAAUGUGGUCAAUCAAAACGAAGGCCCCCGUUUUCAGCCAGGUGUGAAAGUGGUGACCAUCUCUGAGGACCAAAAAACAAUCUCCCUCAACAAAAUCUUCACUAACUACGCCGCUAUCGACAGUGACACACUGGAGACAGCCACCAACGUCAGAUAUGCAAAAGUCCGCGAUGAUGAUAACUGGUUGACCAUUGAUGAAAAGACAGCAGAUAUCAGGCUGAAUAAACUACCUGACAGAGAGUCCACGUUCUUGGUCAAUGGAACAUAUUAUGCUGAAAUAAUAUGUAUGACCGAUGAUAAUCCCUCCAAAACAGCCACAGGCACCAUAGCCAUUCAGGUGGAGGACUUCAAUGACCACUGCCCAAAACUGACGACAACAGCUCACACCAUGUGCCUCGGGGGGAACGCCAUCUACGCCACAGCCGUGGACGAGGACGAUUUCCCCAAUUCAGCGCCGUUCGAGUUCACUGUGAUUGGGGACCAGGGCAAUCAGAAAUGGACAGUGGAGCAUCUUAAUGAUACCACAUCAAUUCUCAGAGACAACGCCAACUUGUGGCCAGGCAUCUUCCAAGUGGCCGUGGAGGUCAAGGACCAGCAAGGGAAAGCGUGUGAUGAGGUUCAGAUGAUCGAUGUAUCCGUGUGUGAGUGCGAGGAGGACACCCAAGUGUGCGCUCCGCGCCGUGCAAAGACAGUAGGUUUAGGAGCUGGAGGGAUCCUGCUUCUGCUCCUGGGACUGCUGCUGCUGCUGCUGUUGCCGCUUCUGCUGUUGUUCUGCCUGUGUGGAGGUGGUCCAGUUAGUGGAGAUUUCAAGCAGAUUCUAUUCGACACCAAACCGCAGCUGAUGUCAUUUCACACUGAGGGACUGGGAGAAGACAAGGAGGUUCCUCUUCUACAUGUCCCGAUUGAAGUCGACGGUGGCGCCGCGAACCUCAAGAGCAACAACAACUAUGAGUCAAAGGGGUACCUGGGAAGUUUGGCUAACAUCGGAGGAGGAGUGGGUGGAGGAGCAGGAUAUGGCGGUGGCAUUGAUACAUCCACUUUGACAGCAGAGGAAUUUGCCAGGUACAGCAGAUACGAAAGAGAUUUCGCGCAAGAGGAGGCAGACUAUAGACUAGGUGCAGGGAUGGGGGCUGAGUUCUCUGGAUACGGAGGUGGGGCCUUUGAUGGGAUGGCUCUAUCUGAACACUUCCUGCAAGAGUACUAUACAAAUAAAUCAAACCAUGCCACACAAGAGUCCCAGCAGAAGGAUGGACUGCUGGUCUAUGACUAUGAGGGUCAGGAGUCUCUGGCGGGUUCUGUAGGUUGCUGCAGUCUUCUCGAGAACGAUGAUGAUCUCUCCUUCCUCAAUGACCUUGGGUAUAAAUUCAAAACCCUGGCAGAGGUUUGUCAAGGAUCGACCAUCGUGACCCAAUCUGCGAAUGCAGAGGUUUCCAGCUCCCGACCACGACCAGUGUCUCCAGUCAGGCCCUCCACCUCCUCCCACACGCACUUCCACACUCACACAGAAUCAGUCAGGGACAGUGACCGUGUCCAUAUCAACACUGUGGACACCUCCAAUGCAGCAACCGGAUCCUCCACGAUCUUCCAGGAGGAGCGAAUUACUGAGAGAGCCCAGGUUCCUACGGUGCAAGUCCAGGACAAUAUAACGAUUCCCAGUCAGACCAUGCUCAUACAGCAGCCCACUAUGUACUAUACUGCUGCGCCCAUGUAUGUAGUCGAGUCCCAGCCCCAGAUGAUGCUUGUGGCAGGGGGCGCCCAGCAGCAGGGGCUGGUGCAAGUUGGUGGUCUCCAAGGUUCUCAGGGUAUGGUCCUCGUAGACAGGCAGGUAGGAGUAAAUGGAGGCAUGGGGCAGGUGCAGGUUGGUGGUCUCCAAGGUUCUCAGGGUAUGGUCCUCAUAGACAGGCAGGUAGGAGUAAAUGGAGGCAUGGGGCAGGUGCAGGUUGGUGGUCUCCAAGGUUCUCAGGGUAUGGUCCUCGUAGACAGGCAGGUAGGAGUAAAUGGAGGCAUUGGGCAGGUGCAGGUUGGUGGUCUCCAAGGUUCUCAGGGUAUGGUCUUCGUAGACAGGCAGGUAGGAGUAGAUGGAGGCAUUGGGCAGGUGCAGGUUGGUGGUCUCCAAGGUUCUCAGGGUAUGAUCCUCGUAGACAGGCAGGUAGGAGUAGAUGGAGGCAUGGGGCAGGUGGCACAAGGCUUUUCGCAGGGAACCAUCUCCAGGAAGGUGUUGCUGGUGGAGAACGGGUCCACCGCUGGACAGCAAGGUGGACAAUUUGCGCAGGGAUUUAUUCAGAUGGGACAGGGUUCCACAGAGCAGGGCCUUGAGGUCAGUGGUCAGGGCUUCGAGGUCAGAGGUCAGGGCUAUGAGGUGAGGGCUCCCAGUUUUACGAUGGGUUCACUCGGUUCUACAGGAUUAAAUGAGGAUUUCUCUGGUCACACCCAAGUUUCUAUGGCCACACCCAAGUUACAAGGGAGCAAGAAACAGGUUGUGCAACAUAAGAAAGUCACUGUCACAGAGAGAAAUAUUGAAUCCAAUACAAGAGCUUAAAGCAAAAAAAACAUUUGCUGAGCAUAUCCACAAAUGUCAUACUUCUCAAUCUACUGAAACUUAUUUCAGUUUGUUAAAAUAUACUAAACAAACUUCUGGUAAUACAGAUUAAUAACUUGUUAAAUUGUGGUUAAACUGGUUAAUGAAUAGUUUAGUCUGCUUUACCUAAAGUACAGCACUGUAUGUCCUCACACUACUGCGCUUAGUGAACACAUAGGGUGUGUUAUUGACUACAUGUCUGUCAUGGCCAUACAAUUACACAAUACACACAGUGUUGGUGUAAGGUUUAUAGCAGAACUGGGAGAAAACAACAGAUUAUAAGAGGCAUUUACAUGACUAGCUGAGGGGGAACAGAACAUCUAGUACCAGUCAGUGUAGGAACAAAAUCACUGUAUUUACUUUAAUUACACUAGUAAGGCUUUCAGGGUGGGAGUGGCCAAAGUAAACUAGACUAAACCCGUCAGACAAACACUGCAUAUUAUCUGAUCAAACUGCAAAUCUCAGGCUAAAUCUCCCAACUAAAGAGAAAACUGGAAGAAGUGGAGAACGUAAAAAAUUGCCCAGGGCGUAGAAAAAAAGUGUACACCAAUCCCUUCAUAUCAGGUCAGCAUUGUCAGAUGGGAAAGUUUGAAGUAUCACAACAGAGGCUUGAAAUUAUCGAACUAUAUAUCUUUGAAGCCUGCAUUUGGGAACCAAUCACCUCUCUGCACAAUCUCCUGCACAAUCAUACUAGACAACCAAUUAUAGCACCCCAAGUGCAGGUCCAGGCCCAUCUCUGCUUUAAUGGGAACAAAAUGAGAGCGAAACACAAAACACAUGAUGCACUAAUACAUGGGAUGAUGGAUUGCAGUCUGUACAGUCUGUAAACCAGCGAUGGAACUCGUGUUCUCCUUUCUGGACAUCCCUACAACAGAUAUAGGACUGGAAAGUGGAAAAUCUGACAUUUCAUUGGUACAGAUCAAUACUACUAUAAUUCCUAUUGUUGAUCAAACAGCACAGAACCAGUUUCAGAGAAAAUGAUUACGAUAAAUUGAUCAUGUUUGAUAAAGUCACUAAGACAAAAAACUUGUGUACAUAGUAUACUGCUGCAACUCACUGCUGCGAGUGUUGUAUAUUUUUGUGUGGUGUAUUUGUUUUUUGUAAUGUUUUAGCUGUAGCCGUGCCUUUAGCUGCUCUGCUGACCUUUGGAUUGUUUGACUUAGUUAUACUGUAACUAAGACCUGGGUGGGAAUUCCUGGGAGUACUGUAAACUGAUAAAAGCACCGUCUGCAGCAGAAUCAAAGCCCGAGUGUCCGAAUGAUUUGAUUCACCAGAACGAGACAAGGAUGUUUUUAUUGCAGCGUACUCGACAGAAAUCGUCCUUUUUAUUGUUGCACUCUCUAUUUUCUACAGAAUAAUGUGGGUUCUCGAGUAACUUAAAAAUUAUCCAAGGCUGUUCAUUUUGUUUUAUACAAAUGUAUAUUGUGACAUACUUUUUUUAUGUUAAGGUAACAUCAUUUGGGUUUUUGAUCAAGUUAAUAUUUUCAUAGUGAACUGUAUGAAUACAGCAGAUGUUGCUCUAGAACAGCACAGUACUAAAAAUGCAUUAUAGGGAGGAUGUUUUCAUUUUGAAAGUGUUGCACAUCAUAACAUAAUAAAAUCGAAUUGAAAGAAA